CAUCGCUCAAAAAGUGUUUUGCAUAUUGUUCGAUUUUUCCUAAAGGUUACAAAAUUAAAACACAGAAUCUGAUUGAGUAUUGGAUGGGCGAAGGAUUUUUUGAAGCUGAUGGAAGCAAUGAAAUGGAAGCAAUGGGAGAAGAUUUUAUCAAUGUUCUUCUACGCAACUCUUUACUGCAAAUUGCAGAAAGAGAUGUUUAUGGAAAUGUGGAAAGUUGUGUGAUGCAUGAUCUUCUGCAUGAUCUCGCAACUUCUAUUUUAAGAGGUUCUUUUAGGGAAGAUGAAAUUACCCGAGUUCGGUACGUGUUUCUCAAAGAUGAUUCAAGUGCUGUUCUAAAAAAUAAUGCAAAAUAUUUACGCACAUUACUGUUCAAGGAUAAAAUCAAUGGAAACAUGUUCUCAAACUUCGAAUCUCUUCAUGUUUUAACUUUUGGAAGUCGGGAAGUUGAAGAGUUGUCAAAUGAGAUCAAGAAGUUGAUACAUUUGAGAGUUCUUGAUAUUGAACAAACAUCUAUUGAAUAUCUUCCUGAUUGGAUUGGUGAACUUUUUCACUUGCAGACAUUAAGAGCGUGUAGUUAUCGUCUAAAGCAACUUCCAAGUACUUUGAAGAACUUGAGAAACUUAAGGCAUCUUUAUAUUGAGGAAAAUGUAGAGUUGUCUGCUGAGAUUGGUCUGUUAACUUCUCUCAGGACCCUAAAAAUUUUUAGGGUGGGCGACAAGAAUGGUUACAAAAUUGAAGAGCUCGGAAGUUUGAAUUGUCUCAAAGGAAAACUGCAAAUUGAUAACCUUGAAAUGGUUCGUAACAAAGAAGAGGCUGAGAAAGCAAAUCUAUCUAACAAGCCAAAAUUAUUGGAGUUGUAUUUGGGAUGGAAGAUCGGUAGACAAGGUGAAACUACAAAUGAUGAGAAUGUGCUGGAAGGCCUCCAACCUCACUCUCGUCUGAAGAAUUUGGUGAUUUCUGGAUUUGGAGGCAGAAGCUUUCCUUCAUGGACUCGGAAUAUGGAAGUUGAUGAUGUAGGUCAAGGUUCUAGGCUACCACUUACCAAGUUGGUUAAGAUAACACUUUCCGACUGCUCAGAAUGUGAAGAAAUCCCAAUGUUUGGGCAGUUGCUAAAUCUCAAGUGUCUUCGGUUGUACAAAUUGAGGAAUGUGAAGUCCAUAAAUUCUUCAUUCUAUGGAUCAGUGAAUGAUGAGACACGUACUGUUUUCCCAGUGCUAGAAGAGCUCGUGUUGAAAACCUUGCCUAAGCUCACAGUGUUGAAGGGAAUAGAAUCAGUGGGUGCAAGUGCUGUCAGUGUAUUUCCUCACCUUCAACAUUUGACGAUCGAGGAUUGCGGUGUGUUGACGCGUUUUCCUACCCAUUUCUGGUCGUCCCUCAAAUGUUUGAAUAUUUUUCGUAAUCGCAGCUAUAAGCCUUUGGCAGAUAUAUUUCAAGCGAAAUUAACGUUGUUAACAGAGCUUUGGAUAGAUGUAAUAGAUGAUGUAGAAAGUCUCCCAGAUUGGCUAUUCUAUAGUAAUCCCAAUCUCUCAAAGUUCACUAUAGAGCAGUGUUCCAAUUUGAGAGAAAUACCAGCUGGUCUAGGCACCCUCAAUUCUUUGAAAGAGUUGCGCAUAACGGAUUGCCCAAAUCUGAAACGGAUAGGAGAUCUUGGCGUUAACAAUCACAAGAAAGUCUCAGAUCCCUUACAACUUUGCAGAUCAGUGCAUGCAAGGCUUUGCUGUAUCUUCCAUGUGAAAUGAUAGGAUCCUCACUCAAGAAUUUGGGGUUGGAGGAUUUAUGUAGCCUAGAGAAUCUACCCGAAAUAAUUGCCCGUCUCCCAAAAUCCCCCCGUCUAGCACGUUUGACAAUUACUGGUGUUCCUCAGUUCACGACGACUUGUUUUGUUGAGAUUCAUCAUCCUUUUAGUAGCUUGGCAUGGUUAAACAUAGAUGUUAGUGUGGGGGGAUUAAUGGAGACUGUUAAUGGCAUAUUGCAAGGAUGCUGCUCACUUAUUCGCUUACAAUUGAAGGGGAUGGAAAGUUGGGAAAAUCUGCCGGAAUCAAUUCAACAUCUCACUUCUCUUUAUUAUUUAACCUUGGAGAAUUUUGGAAUAGUAGAGUUAUCUGAAUGGUUGGGGAACUUCUCAUCUCUAAGGCAGUUGUAUAUACGAAAUUGUAAGAAGUUAAGGCGUCUACCCUCUGCGGAUGCAAUGCGGCGCCUCACUGAAUUAGACACCUUAAGUAUUGAGGGAUGCCCAGAAAUAUGUAUUGAAGAAGCAAGUGAUGCAGCUGAUUCUCAAUGGACCAACAUUUCCCAUAUCCCCUAUAUCAGAAUUGAUGGACGCCGGAUCGAUCGUGAUGAAGUGGAAAGCAGAAGGAAAGGUUCGUGUUUGAGUUUGAGUUGCUUCUAAAGAAUGAGGAGGUGGAGGAGUGUGUGCCAAUUAAUUUUCUUCAACUUGAUGUCAUCAUUCUUCAAAUUCCCAACGGUUUGUAAAUGUUUGCGUUGUGUCUUUCUCAUGCCGUAAAGUGGUGGCAGAAGAAGAUGAAGCAAAAGACUUGUGUUAGAGCAAUGUCCGAAUUUGCUUACCAACAAACUUUGACGGUUGUACUCAUUUUAUCCUUGUUUGUUGCAUGAAAAUUGUAAAAUGUAAGGUAUUUUAAGAUGUUUGGAUUGGUUUUGUUGUUGUAAUUUAUCAAACAAGAUCCUAUGUUUUGUAGUUAUAUCAUGGUCUUUUGUCUUA